AUCAAUAAGGUUCUGGUUUUUGCAAAAGGUAAGUCUUACCCCUUUAAAGGUCCAUUCCCUCCUAUGUGGAAUCCAUUGGCCUACCUGGACUACAACAACCUAUGGAGGACCAUGGAUGAAAUGGGAAAGGAGAUUCCCAGUGAAGCCCCAUGGAAGGCUCCACAUGCAGAAGAAUGGGACAAAAUGACUAUGCAAGAUUUCAUAGAUAAAGUUUGCUGGACAAAUGCUGCCAAGAGUUUCGCGACUCUGUUUGUGAAUGUGGAUGUCACUUCUGAACCCCAUGAGGUCUCUGCCCUUUGGUUUUUGUGGUACGUGAAGCAGUGUGGGGGGACAACAAGGAUAUUCUCAACAACCAACGGAGGGCAGGAGAGGAAGUUUGUUGGGGGCUCUGGCCAGAUCAGUGAGAAAAUAAUGGAAUGCCUGGGAGGCCGGGUGAAGCUGAGGAAGCCAGUCGUCCGCAUCGACCAGUCGGGUGAAAGUGUCAUAGUGGAGACCUUAGAUCAUGAAUUAUAUGAGGGCAAAUAUGUGAUCAGUGCCAUUCCCCCAGCUCUUGGUUUGAAGAUUCAUUUCAACCCACCUUUGCCGCCAAUGAGAAACCAGCUCAUCAACCGAAUCCCCAUGGGCUCAGUCAUCAAGUGCAUUGUGUACUAUAAGGAAACUUUCUGGAGAAAGAAGGGGUAUUGUGGUACCAUGAUCAUUGAAGAUGAGGAUGCAGCAAUUGGUUUAACGCUUGACGAUACUAAGCCUGAUGGCAGCUUUCCUGCCAUAAUAGGCUUCAUUCUUGCUCGGAAGUGUAGAAGACUGACAUGUCUCACAAAAGAAGAAAGGAAGACGACGCUGUGUGAGCUCUAUGCAAAGGUUCUGGGAUCAGAGGAGGCUUUACAUCCAGUGCAUUAUGAAGAGAAGAACUGGUGUGAAGAGCAGUAUUCCGGGGGCUGCUACACAGCCUACUUCCCACCAGGCAUAAUGACUCAGUAUGGAAGGAUUAUUCGGCAGCCUGUUGGCAGGAUCUAUUUUGCUGGCACAGAGACAGCCACAGAGUGGAGCGGAUACAUGGAGGGGGCUGUACAGGCUGGAGAAAGAGCAGCCAGAGAGAUACUCUUUGCUAUGAGGAAAAUCCCAGACAGUGAAAUUUGGAAGCCAGAACCUGAAUCAAUUGAUGUUCCAGCUUUGCCCAUCACUACAACCUUCUGGGAGAGGAACUUGCCAUCUGUGCCGGGACUGCUAAAGCUGAUUGGAUUUUCCACUUUCUUUACCUCUGUGGCUGCGGCUGGGUUAUUUGCCUACAAAAAGGGACUUCUAGUUCGAAACUGAAAAAGGUGCCAACACAAAGCCUCACACUUCAGUGGUUUUCUUUUUUUCGGAGUUUUUUUUGGCAUGUAUUUACUUUUCUGUCUCCAAAAUCAGAUCAGGACUGGGGAAGAGGAGAAAACAGUAGAGAGAAGAGGCUGGAGGGGAGGGAUAAAGGAAGGGGAUCCAUAUUGAAAAAGAACCCCUUGAAUCCAGGCCUGCUUCUAGCAGUAACUUUUUGGUUGUUGAAUUUCUAGGAUACCCUGACAAGCGUUAUCACCUUGAGGUUUUUAUCCAGAUCUUGGAACAGAAGUGGCAAAA